AUGAAGACUGAUUACUAUCUCAACUUGUGCUUGGAGCAGGCCGAGCUGUCCCCUCUCCACCAUCGUCACGGCUGUAUUGUUGUCAAGGGUGGAAAGGUCAUUGGCAAGGGCUUCAAUGAUUAUCGCCCUGGCUAUGAUGGAGGCGCCUUGAAGACUGGCCUCUUGCCCACGAAGUCGUCCGCCGUGGACAAGGCGAAGAAAGAGGGGGGUAUGGAGGCGAAGCACGCCAAGCAUGGUCAGAAGAAGGGGUUCAAGCCUUUCGAGAACACUGUCGGCCUGCUGGCUGGCGGCCACCAUCAUGCCAAUAACUCGCUCAGUAUGCAUUCUGAGAUGAUGGCCAUCAACUCGGCCCUGGCAUCGUCAAGCACGCUGGCCGCCACGACGCUGUCGCAUUUUAAACCGCCGACAGCGCCGCUCUGUGACUCUAAACGCAAACGACGGCAGCGGCGAGACGUGCUCGACGCCUUCGCGGAGCGCGUCUGCUACGGUCCUGCUUUCGGGACGCAGGUUCAACAAGGUGCCGGCAAGGCUCAGAACGCCGACCACCACCACCACCAGAAUCACGAGAAGAAGAAGGACAACUACAAGAUGAACUACAAGGCACCUCCUCCCUUGCAGCAGCAUGCGCACAGGCAGAAGGUGCAGCAGGUGCAGCAGCAUACGUACACCAAGUACAACAAGGACCAGUACAAGUACCGCAAAACGUAUAAGCCAUCAAAGCAAGCCCAGCCACAAACUGGAAAGUCUGCACCGAACAAGUCAUUCCCUGGAGGGCCAAACGACAAUGAUACUCCCCUCGAGAAGGCGAGCAGGGGUACGAGGACCAAUGACCGAACAGUGGGAAAUAAGAAGGCAAAUGACUCACCAAACAGCAACCAUUUCGGAAUCGAAUCGAAUUCGCAGCAACAUGUGAGGGAUCGUACCAAACAUCCCAAACUACGUGGAGCCGACGUAUACGUAACUCGUUUGGGUGGAGUUCAGAGCAUGUGGCAGCCCGCGAAGGAGGCAAGCAACAAAGCAAGUCCGGCCGAGUUCCGAGACACCACACAGGAUUCGGAACUACCGAUAUAUUCUACGCUUUCCGUCACGUCUGACACAUCUUUAGCGAACUCAUUACACGAUGAACUUAGAUGUCAGAAGCUAAAAGCAGUAUCGCGAGAGGCCUCUCCAGCCAAGACGUCGGAUUCCUUGUUCGAUCAAAAUCGCAUCCUCGAAUCUCACCCCUGCUAUCGUUGUAUAUUGUACAUGCACUCGGCCGGGGUGAGGCGCGUCUAUUGGACCAACAGCAAGGGACAAUGGGAGACUGCAAAGGUUCGAGACAUGUAUGAUCAGCUCUCGGGGACGGGCUCUUGUGAUGGACACAAAGAUGGCAACAAUGGCUUUGGUGAUGUGUUUGUAACCAAGCACGAAAUCCUCAUGCUCAAGAGGCUAUCCGGCCUAGUUGAUUGA